UUUAGUUUCCCUUUAAAUGAUAGAAAUACCAUUAAGCAACCACAUAUUUCUUUCCCCUUUAAACAAUAUAAUUAUCACUAUGAUUUCUCUUUAUCUCUCUCUCUCUCUCAAGCAUAGUCAAGUUAUAAAUAUUAGAGAGAGAAGCAUCUAAUCUUCUUCUACUCCAUAUCUCCAUAGCCACACUCAUCUCAGUAAAUUUGAUAAAUCAAUGGAUUAUUUGAUCCUUAGAGUUAUUAGUUCAGUUGUGAUGGUAAUGGCAUACAAAGCUAAAGCAGAGUGCGAUUUGUUUAGUGGGAGUUGGGUCAUUGACGACCGUACCUACCCUCUCUACAACGCCUCCAUUGUUUGUCCAUUUCUUGAGAAAGAAUUCAGCUGCCAGAAAAAUGGCCGUCCCGAUUUGCUAUACACCAAGUACAGAUGGAAGCCAUUGGGCUGUGAUUUGCACAGAUUUAAUGGUUUGCGGUUCUUGGAAAAAUUUAAGGACAAAAGCAUAAUGUUUGUUGGUGAUUCUCUGAGUCGGAAUCAGUGGCAAUCAUUAACGUGCAUGCUUCACUCUUCAGUACCCAACGCCAAAUACAGUAUUGCAAGAGAAGGAGAUGUAUCCACAUUUACAUUCACGGAUUAUGGAGUUAGAGUGAUGUUGUGUAGAAAUGUAUACCUAGUAGACGUAGUACGUGAAAAUAUUGGGAGGGUUCUCAAGCUUGAUUCUAUUCAAGGUAGCAAGCUAUGGAAAGGCAUCGACAUGCUCAUCUUUAAUACGUGGCACUGGUGGAACCGUAGAGGACCUACUCAACCAUGGGACUACAUUAAAAUAGGAAAUGAGAUAAGAAAGGACAUGGAUCGCAUGCUUGCUUUUAAAGAAGCACUAACAACAUGGACUACUUGGGUGGAUUCUAAUAUUGAUCCUACCAAAACACUCCUUUUCUUUCAAGGAAUUUCUCCUUCUCAUUACAAUGGAACGCAAUGGGAUGAACCGAGAGCAAAAAGCUGCGUGAGGGAAGAAGAGCCGGUAUCUGGGUCGACAUAUCCAGGUGGAUUGCCACUAGCGGUAGAUGUGCUUAAGAGCGUACUGCAAAAGACUAAAAAACCAGUCAAGUUGCUUGAUAUAACACUUAUGUCUCUACUUCGUAAAGAUGGACAUCCGUCAAUUUAUGGCCUAGGUGGCCCCUCUGCUAUGGACUGUAGCCAUUGGUGUCUUGCUGGUGUUCCCGAUAUUUGGAAUGAAAUUCUCUACAAUCUCAUUCCUUUUUAGCAACAACAAUGAUCAUAAUUAUAAUUAAUUAUGUAAAAGUACCACUUAAUAAUAUAAUUUAGAACCAAUAAUUUCUAUUUCA